AUGCCGUCGGAUAUCCAAGUCUUCGUACAAUGGAAAGACCAAACAAUAUUUGCCGGCGAAAAUGUUGAGUGUACCAUUACGUUUAAACAUAUUGCCCCACACGAUGCAGCGACGGACGGCAAGGGGUCACAAAAGCAUUAUAGAGGUGGAUCUCGACCGAUUAAUGUCAUCGAAACCGGUACCCGUUACUCUCCUGCAAGAUCUUUGAACCCUUUUUCAUUUAAUAAUGGCAAUCGGCGGACAUCUGGCCAGCGGGCUCGUAGUGCCACUGAACGUGGCCAUCGUCCCUCCAUAUCUUUGAAUUCACCACAUGCCCUAAGCCAUAGCUUCCCUCCGAGCAAUCCUAGCCCCGGCAGCAAGGAUUCACCUACAGCACACGGCCACAAGCGAUCUGUUUCAAUCAUAUCCGUUGAACAGCCAGAUUUGAAUGCGGAGCGUAAAUCGUUUUCGAAUCCUUUCAGUCCCAGGCAGGGAAAGGGACACACUCGCUCCGCCAGUGUCCAAGUGCCUACGAGAGCAACCAAUGGGACGCAGUCCGCUCCCCGCUCCCCUCUUCCUCGAAUAUCGUCCGUCGACUCUCCUUCCAGUAUAUCCCUCCCAUUCCGACCCGAAGCGGAUGCCUCCAGGCCCUCCGGCCGUUCUUCAACCCCGCUCUUGAACCAGGCCCGUAGGUCACCCCACAAGCGUGGCUCCCCAAUACCGAUAGAUUUCAAAUUUCCCCAAGCCCCGUUAUCACCAGACCAAGGUAGUACACCAGGUACUUCAAGUAGUCUACGAAUUGAUACAGAAACUUCGCCGUCCGGGCUCUCGGUUACGUCGUCAGCUUCGAAUACUACUCCUACAAAGGGCCAGGGGCUUCCUGGCUAUUUAACACCGGCAACCAAGAUACUAUCCAACUCUAUAGUCGAUGGCAGCACCAGGAGUAGCGGUGAGUUCUACUCGCUGAGCAACAAUUCUACCGAAACUCUAGAGUCCGAGUAUCUAUUUUCGCCCAAAAACCUAGGGCGGCUUCCCACUCGGCAUAGGAGGCAUCAUUCCAAUAUGGACUCAUUCUCAGGGCGCCAAAAUCAGUUAUCACAAAGCUUACUUAUGGGCUAUGCACAGAUCAGCGCUUCUUUCACCAUCGACAGCUCCUUAGUCAAUCAAUCGAUUUUUGAGGAAGUGAAACGGAAAGGCGUUGUUGGUAAUCAAGGCCGCGGAGGCGCACCUUCAAAAACGGAAAAAUCAAGACAGAGCUUUUGGGGUAAUUUUGGCCUUAGUAGUAUUGGAGAUUCAAUCAAUGGGUUACUAUCCGGUGAAGAACUGAGUGGGCUCCGCGAUAUGAGAGGCGUGUCAUCUUCGCAAUCAAUUCCCUUACUUUCCACGCCACAGUCAUUAUUGUUUGUCGACUUACGCCUCAAUCCUGGCGAGGAAAAGUCUUUUUCCUUUUCAUUUACACUACCGAAAGGCUUGCCAGCCAGCCAUAAAGGCAAAGCAAUCAAGAUUUCGUACAGCCUGAUUAUUGCAACACAACGGGCGGCCAAUCCAAAGGAUAUCCAGCGGGUCCAUCGCAUAAGUAUUCCAUUCCGUGUUCUUAGCGGUGUUGAUUCUCAAGGAGUUGUGUUAGGACAUGACCUUAUGCGCCCUUACGUCUUGUUAAGAGACGAGGCUCGUGUACAGAAAGUAGAAGUAAACUGUCGACUAAGUCCCAAGGAAAAAAGCAUGAGUGCAAAAUCGUGGACUUCUGCACCCGAAUUCUUGUCCUUUGUCGACGAAAUUCUCGGCCAAAAAGGCCGCCAAGGGUCUCUGGCUUCCAUAGCCAGCCCUACUGAACAGCCACGAGAACUGGCUUCUGGUACAUUGUCUUGCAAAGACAUUAUUGACCUAGCCAUUUUACGGAGCAACCAAUCUAGAGCAUCUGAUCAAAGUCCAAACCGCUUUGAAAUUUCACACAAUGGUCGGCGCAUUGCCGUAAUUGUUUUGAACCGACCAGCUCACCGCCUUGGUGAAACUGUUGUGGCUACAAUUGAUUUCUCCAAUGCCUUACUGCCCUGUUACUACUUGCGCGGCUCCCUGGAGACAUAUGAGAAUGUAGCCCCGACAAUAGCUCUACGUUCUAGCACGAGUAUUAUCAGGGCUACCAGAAAAGUUCACGCUACUUGUUUUGAAAACACAUUAUUUUCUACAAAAGUUGCAUUUAUGCCGUCGAUUCCUAUCUCUGCCACUCCGACACUCAUCACAUCUGGAAUAAACCUUGAGUGGCAAUUGCGUUUUGAAUUUGUGACUUGCGGAUUACAAUAUGAGGAUGAGACGGGUGUGUCUGGCGUUAAUCUGCUCGAGACAGUGGAGCGGGAUGAUCGAGGAACGGUUCUCGCAGCUUUAGAAAACAUUCUCUGCCAGUCCUUCGAAGUGGCUAUUCCAUUAACCGUAUACGGUGGAGUUGCACAAGAGCUAGAGACUGAGGAACUACAGGGAUAUUCAAUUUAG